AUGUCCUCCACAACCUGGUCGCCUGAUUCCUGGCGGUCAAAACCCAUCAAACAGUCACCCGCAUACCCAGACGAGGCGGCGCUCCAGAAGUCGGUCAAGGAACUCGGCCGUCUGCCUCCCAUUGUUCACCCCAAGGAAAUCGUCGCCCUGAAGCAGCACCUCCGCGAUGUGGCUCUGGGUGAGGCCUUCCUGCUGCAGGGCGGCGACUGCGCCGAGCUCUUCGACUACUGUGAGCAAAACACCAUCGAGUCGAAGAUUAAGCUCCUGCUGCAGAUGAGUCUGGUCCUCAUUUGGGGUGCCGACAAGCGCGUCGUCCGUAUUGGGCGCAUGGCUGGCCAGUAUGCGAAGCCCAGGUCUAGUCCGACUGAGAUGGUGGACGGUGUGGAGCUGCCGUCUUUCCGGGGCGAUAUUCUCAACGGCUUCCACGUCGAUGAGCGGACCAUUGACCCUCAAAGACUGGUCAAGGCUUACCAGUACUCAUCAGCAACCCUCAACUACAUCAGAGCAUCUCUCUCAUCCGGCAUAGCCGAUCUCCACAGACCGCUCGACUGGGGCCUCGGUCACGUCCGGGACCCGGAGCUCAAGAGGAAGUACUCGGAAGCCGUCCUCUCCCUGACCGACAUGCUCCGCUUCCUCCACACAAUCGGCGCCGACAAGAGCGACAAGCUCGACACCGUCGACCUCUUCACCAGCCACGAGGGCUUGCUUCUCGAAUACGAGCAGCCGCUGACCCGCCUGCUGGAGACGCCGGCCCCGCGCCCCACACUCAACGGCGGUGGUGCUGCCGCCGAGACCAAGAAGGAGUACUACGACACCUCGGCGCACUUCCUCUGGAUCGGCGACCGCACCCGUCAGAUCGACGGCGCGCAUGUCGAGUUCUUCAGGGGCAUCGCGAACCCCAUCGGCAUUAAGGUCGGCCCCACCACGCCCACCGACGACUUGCUCGCUCUGCUCCGCACCCUCAACCCGGACAAGGAGCCGGGCAAGAUCACCCUCAUCACUCGUUACGGCGCCGCCAAGGUGCGCUCACUGCUGCCGGCGCACAUCAGGGCCGUCGAGGACAGCGAGUACCGCCGCUGCGUUGUCUGGCAGUGCGACCCCAUGCACGGCAACACGGUCUCGACCGGGGGCGGCAUCAAGACACGUCGGUUCCGGGACAUUUUUGAGGAGCUUCAGGAGACGCUACGGAUUCACAAGGAGCAGGGAAGUUACCUCGGUGGUGUGCAUUUGGAGUUGACUGGCGAUGCAGUCACGGAGUGUCUGGGUGGCAGCGAGGGACUGGACGAGGAUGACUUGUCGACAAACUACACCAGUUUCUGCGACCCGAGACUGAACGAGAAGCAGGCGCUUGAGUUGGCGUUCUUGAUCGCGGACCAUUACAGAAACGAGAGAAGACCAGUUGUUUAG